CUAGCCCUGGCAGAGAGGGUGAUCUAGGUUGCCUGAAACAGGGGUCCUUCUGCUCCAGCCAGCACCGUAUGUUUGUGGGUGGCACAAAGAUGAUUAAUACAUUACACAGUGUACUUAGGACAGGUAAAACAUCAGGCAUUAAGUCUAUCCUGACUUUACAUAUUUGUGGUGGCUGCCUACAACUGAAGAGCUUAUCUUAGGUUUAAACAUUAAUUCCAGCCCUCUGGAAAGUCUGUCCCAACACUGUCCUGUUCCAGAUGCAGCUGCCAAUGUCAGGCAUUGGGGAAAUUUUGAAAGCAGUUGGUGAUUUUGGGCCGUUUCAGAAAUGGCUGGUGCUGCUCACCUUGUUUCCAUGCCUCAGUGUGGCUUUCCACCAGUUUUGCCAACUUUUUAUGAUUCCACACGUGCCACAUCACUGUGACACCAGCUGGAUCCGUGCCAUCGGCCCCAACCUGACCGAGGAAGAGCAGCUGAACCUCACUGUGCCCAGGGACGCAGGUGGGGCGUACGAGCAGUGCUCCAUGUACUCACCGGUGGACCGGGACCUCGGCUCCAUCGUGGCGUACGGCCUGAACGCCACGGAGAAGUGCAGCAGUGGCUGGGUGUACCCCUCAGCCCCACCGCCAUCCCUGCUGACCGAGUUUGACCUGGUGUGUGACAGGAAGGACCUGAAUGACAUCUCCCAGUCCAUCUACAUGAUGGGGCUUCUCUUUGGAUCCAUGAUCUUUGGGCCACUAAGUGACAGGAUCGGCCGCCAGCCAGUCAUUCUGAUUUCCGUCUUCCUUCAGGGCUUGUUUGGUGUAGGGAUUGCCUUUGUGCCCCAUUUCUAUGUGUACAUGGCCUUUAGAUGUGUUGUGGGAGCUACGGUGACAGGGAUCGCCAUGACGAUACCAGCCUUGGCUACAGAAUGGGUUGGUGUCUCCUCUCGGCCAAAGGCAGUGCUUAUUUCUCACUGCGCUUUCGCCAUCGGACAGAUGCUUUUGGCUGGCUUGAGUUACGGUAUUCGCAACUGGAGGCUGCUGGAGAUUGCAGGAUCUGCUCCUAUAUUUGUCUAUUUCUUCUUCAUCCGGGUGCUACCAGAAUCGGCUCGGUGGCUGGUGACAAAAGGCAGGAUAGAAGAAGCUAAGAAGCUCCUUCAGAAGGCAGCAUCCAUCAACAAGCGCACCGUCCCACCAGGACUCCUGGAACAGCUGAAGCCUGAGACACAGACCAAGUCUGGAAGUAUUCUGGAUCUCUUUCGGAAGAAGCAUCUUCGGAAGGUGACAUUAAUCAUGUCAUGCACCUGGUUUGUGAACAGCCUUGUGUACUAUGGGCUGAGUCUGAACGUGACAAAUUUUGGUCUGGACAUCUACCUGACCCAGCUUGCAUUUGGAGCAGUGGAAAUCCCAGCCCGUGUGAGUUGUAUCUUCACACUGCAGUGGUUUGGGAGGAAGAAAACCCAAACUGUUCUCCUGCUGCUGUCUGGCCUGGUGUGUCUGAUCAUCACUGGCAUCCCUGAAGACCAGCCCAUGGCAUCAACUGUCCUGGCCAUCAUUGGCAAGUUUACUGCCUCGGCCUCCUUCUCUACCUCCUAUGUCUACUCCGCAGAGCUCUUCCCCACAGUCAUCAGGCAGACCGGCACGGGGCUGUGCUCGAUGUCGGCGCGGGUGGCAGGGAUCAUGGCCCCGCUGAUCCGCCUCCUGGGCCAGUACCACCGGGCCAUCCCCAUGGCCAUCUUUGGGAGUGCCCCUGUGGUGGGGGGGCUGCUCUGCAUCCUGCUGCCCGAGACCCGUGGUAUCGACCUGGUGGAUGACACAGAGGGCGGCCACCCCCGAGCUGAGGUCUGUGAAAAUGCCAACAGCAGCUCUGAAAAUGAACACAUGCAAGGAAAAGAUGGUGGCCAAGACAAUGAGUACACGAAGACCACUCGCUUCUAGCUGAGCCUGCAAGUAGCUGUAGCUAAAGGCAACCUAGUGCUGUGCUAGGACAGGCAGGGUCUCCAUUUGCAGGACACCACCACCUCUGAAGCAGUCACUGCCAAUUCUUGGUUUUCCUUUUCUUUUUUUGCCUUCCUAUAUCUCCCUCUAUAGCUUGUCCUCAGGCACUGCAUGCUGUCUCUGGUGUUCAACAGUGCUCUCAAUGGAGAAAAGCUGAUGCUUUUCAUUUAAGGGAAAAAAGAAAGAAAUCAGAAAACAGGAUGGAGGCAACAUUUUCUCUUCCUUUUUCCUGUCCCAUCUCCAGGAAUGCGAGAUUGUAAACUUUGCCCAAGUGAGACACCUUCUAGAGCACUGACUAGCCUUGCAACAGAGUACUGUGCUCACUAAGAGAAAGCCAGAGCAGAUGCAGCACUGAAAAUAAUCUCACACUUGCAAGAAGGAGUGAUUUCUCCUGACUGUCUAGCAUGAUCUUCUCCCCCUCUCUUAAAAGCACUCCUUUUUAUUUUCUUUUUUAAAUUUGAGACACUCAGCUGAGAAAAAAAAAAGAUGCAAUGGAAGAUAGAGCAAGACGUGAGCAAGGAUGUCUAACAGGCAGCAGAAUUUUCAUCUUAGUGCUGGUGGCUUUGAAUUGAAGCAUGUCAUGAUGCUCUGUGCACAGAAGAUUGUGCUGUCGGGCUGUGGUGUAGGACCACAUUAAUUUGUCUGUUCCAGGAAACUGAGAGAUGUUGUGGCAAUUGGUCUUUUAGAGGAAAGCGCAUACCUUUCUGGGAACUCUCAGGUCUGUUCUACUCUGUUCUAGUCUAUUCCUUCUUGCUGUCUACAUGUUUUCCAUGGAUCCAAGUACCCCUCGGAUAUGCAGUUUGAUGAAGACAGAAUUUUAGAUAAAAUCAGUGACAUGAGACAAUGCCCCAUGAGGAGGGGCUGCCCGUGGUGCCAUCUUUUCUUUGGCACUGCUUUUUGAAGGAUUUGCUGUGGUGCUCCUCUUCAGUGGCCCUGAGCACAGAUGAGCUCAGCCCAUCGCCUGAGGGCACUCUUUCCUUGGCAAAAGCUGGGGGCUGCCUCCUUCGGGCUUUUAUGGAAAAUAAGGCAUUGAGGGUAAAGGCUGAGGGAAGAGCUUGGAGCAAAAUGCACAAUUAUUGAGUCAACCAUGACUUCUUUUGGGAAUUCUGCUCUGAGACUCUCUGUUUCAGCUCACUUCAUAAAUAAAGGUGUCCAAGCACA